GUCAAACCGGAGCCUCAACGUGUCCUCCCCGGAAGAGCAAACACAAGCAACCAUUAUGAGGGAAGCCGCCGAGUAUUUCAUCUAUGAACCGAACUCAUUCCUUUCGCUCUUCUGACUACUCAUGUUUACAUCUCCCUGUAUAAGGCCAUAGGAAAAUGACCCAAAAAAUCACCACCGGGUGGUUUAUCUCCCUCUUCACCAUUGUCGGCGCAUGUCUCGGGUUGAUUUGGACUGUAUUUAUCGGUGAUGGCGAACCCCUGAUCGCAUCUCUGGGCCUCAGCGGCAUCGCGUUUUCAGCUUCGUACUGCCUAAUUGUCUGGCUUGGAGAUUCUUUUAAGCGGGUCGGGUUGAAGGGGAAAGAUAUCUCAAAAGCGGACCGGAGAGAGCUGUAUGGCCACUCCACUCUAUUGGCUGGGAGAUAGACUUUGCUAAUAUUCUUGGGAAUAGGCCGGAGACUAUGGGUGCUGUCUGUGCGGUCGUUUACCUCAUGUGCAUGAUUGUAUUCUUGCCAUUCGCCUUUUACGAAUAUUUUGUCAUCUUGACAAGCGGCGGCGGGAAUAGGGAUGCUACGAGUGAGGUGGAGACUGGGAGAUUAUUGCACAGGUUUCCUCACAAUAAGGUGAUUUUGCUUUGCCGAAGCGCUAGUGAUGGUUUCUAACGUGCGCGGACCGGCAGUUGGGCGAAUAUCUUUCAGCAAUUCUCUCCCUCCAGAGUAUGGUGAUAUUAGGAGUCGCCGACGAUCUUUUCGACAUCCGGUGGCGCCACAAGAUCUUUCUCCCGGUCAUCGCCGCAAUCCCGAUGUUGAUGGUUUACUACGUAGAUUUUGGCGUCACCAAUAUUGUUGUUCCCACUGGUCUCCGGGAGUACUUAGGGACAGCUCUCCUGGAUCUUUCCUGGGGAUACUACCUUUACAUGGCGGCUAUAGCUAUCUUCUGCCCGAACUCGAUCAACAUCUUGGCCGGUAUUAACGGGAUUGAGGUUUCCCAAUCUAUCGUAAUUGGGUCUUUCAUCGCUAUCAACGAUUUGCUAUACAUCUCCGUCGGCGGCCAUCCAGCUACAGACUCACAUCUAUUCUCGCUUUAUUUCCUCCUGCCAUUCUUAGGCGUUUCUCUGGCUCUGUGGUGGCACAAUUGGUAUCCUUCCAAAGUAUUCGUGGGCGAUACCUAUUGCUACUUCGCCGGAAUGACAUUCGCGGUGGUUGGCAUCCUAGGCCACUUUUCCAAAACACUCCUACUCCUAUUCAUCCCACAAAUCAUCAACUUCAUAUAUUCGGCGCCUCAAUUAUUCCGGCUGGUGCCUUGCCCCCGACACCGUCUGCCGAGGUUCAAUGCAAGGUCAGGUUUGAUGGAGCCCUCCCGGGCUCCGUUUACAAGGCCACCCAGGUGGUAUAUCGCUCUCAUCCUGGAUAUGCUCGAGAAGUUACGGUUGGUCCAGGUCUGGAGGAACAAGGAAGGUGUGAUCCUGGAGUUCUCGAACCUCACCCUGAUCAACCUCUGGAUCGUAACGUUUGGUCCUAUGAGAGAAGAUAAAGCUACAAUGGGACUCAUGGGAUUGCAGAUUGCCUGCUCGAUAAUUGGCCUCUUGGUCAGACAUAAAGCCGCGCUCUUAGUAUUUCCACACGAUAAUUUAAGCAUUUAAUCAGUUGCUGGGAUAGUAGGUGGUUCCUCUAUUGUACUUGUAUUAUGUAUUCGUAUCCCCUUUGUAGAGUUAAUACUUCUAGAUUUUAGACGGAGAAUAACAUAAUUGGGCCUCUCAGGCAAGC